AUGGCUAUGUCAAAAGGUUUUAAAGUGCUGGAGAAAUCGGCACCACCGAAUCCUUACAGUAUUAUUUUACAACAUAGAAAUAAAGAUACAGCCUUAUUAUUUGAGUCUCAGGCUGUUGUUUCUUUAUCGUCACAGGAAACUGAUACUCUUCGUAAACAAUAUCAUAAAAUAGCUGAUGCAUAUGGAUGUCUAGGAGUGCUGCAAUUAAAUUCUGGAGAGACAUGUAUGCUCUACCUUGUUCUUGUGACAGGCUGUAGUUCUGUCGGUAAAGUGGGUGAUACAGAGGUUUUUAAGAUAACCCAAUCUCAAUUUCUGCCUUUAUUUCACCAAACACAAGGAGAUGAUAAGGUGGGAGAAGUUAGAAAACUCUUAAACUCUGGAACAUUUUAUUUCUCUUGGAAUUCAGGAAAAAACAUUGACAAUCUCUUUGACCUGACUGUGUGUGCUCAGAGAAAGGGUAAAGGAGCAAGUUCUGAUAACAGAUUCUUUUGGAAUAGAACCUUAUUUAUUCAUUUAAUCAGGUACGGCAUAGAUUGUGAUGACUGGCUUACCCGUGCAAUGUGUGGUUCAGUGGAAAUACGUACUAUUUACGUUGGUCAUCGCUUAGCCAGGGCUGUACUGAUAUCUCGACUAAGCUGUGAAAGAGCAGGGACAAGGUUUAAUGUAAGAGGUUGCAAUGAUGAUGGUAAUGUUGCUAAUUUUGUAGAAACAGAACAAGCUAUUUAUGUAGAUGACUCAGUUUCAUCUUACAUUCAAACAAGAGGAUCUGUUCCUUUAUUCUGGGAACAGCCAGGUAUUCAAGUUGGAUCACAUAAAGUUAAAAUGUCACGUGGAUAUGAUGCUUCUACAAGUGCUUGUGAAAGGCAUUUUUCUCAACUUAAACGAAAUUAUGGAUCUAUUUAUGUUGUCAACUUACUAGGUUCUAGUAUGAUAGGUGGCACAGAAGGUGAAGCAACUCUCAGCAAUGCAUUUCAACGGCACCUUAAUGAAUCUGCACAUUGUGAUAUUGUACAGAUAAUAUUUGACUACCAUCAAGAGGUAAGAGCAUCAUCAAUAGAUUCAGCUUUAAAUAAAUUUAAAAAAAUUGUGGAAAUGCACUAUGAUAACAUCAGCAUAUUUAGUGCCAGGAAUGUUGAUAUUUACAAUGUUCAAAAAGGUGUAAUAAGAACUAAUUGUCUAGAUUGCUUGGACAGAACAAAUUCUAUCCAGACAUUCAUUGGUCUAGAAAUGCUUGCAAUACAACUGAUGUUGUUACAAUGUAUUGAUAAAAAGCAAAAUGUUAACAGAUUUGAAGAAGUGUUUAAACAAAUGUGGAUUAAUAAUGGAAAUGAGAUAUCAAAAAUCUAUGCAGGAACGGGAGCUAUUCAAGGAGGGUCAAAAUUGAUUGAUGGGGCAAGAUCAGCUGCUCGAACUAUUCAAAACAAUUUGCUUGAUAAUUCAAAACAAGAAGCAAUUGAUAUUUUGUUGCUAGGUUCUACAUUAAAUUCAGAACUGUCUGAUCGUACCCGAAUUUUAUUACCAUCAAAUAUUUUGCAUACAUCUACUCCAGUACUACGAGAAAUGUGUCGUAGAGCAAAUGAGUUUACCCAGCCUACAAAUAUUCGUAUCACUAUAGGUACAUAUAAUGUCAAUGGUGGUAAACAUUUUAGAAGCCUAGCUUACAAAGAUGUUUCCCUGGCUGAUUGGUUGUUAGACAGCCCAAAUUCAUCUUUGGUAAAUACUGUCAAUUUGAAAGAUCAUCCUUCUGAUAUCUUUGCAAUAGGAUUUGAAGAAAUAGUUGACUUAAAUGCUAGCAAUAUAAUGGCUGCUAGUUCAGACAAUGCUAAAGCAUGGAGUGAAGAAUUGGAAAAAGUAUUGUGUAGAGAUGCAUCAUACACCUUGCUUUCUAGUCAUCAGUUGGUAGGCGUCUGCCUAUUUAUUUUUGUCAGGAAAGAUUUAGUUCCUCAUAUCAGAGAUGUUGCAUUAGAUUCAGUGAAAACUGGAUUAGGUGGAGCUACUGGGAAUAAAGGUGCAGUAGCUAUCCGUCUAGUUAUAUAUGGGACAUCAAUUUGCUUUGUUUGUGCUCAUUUUGCAGCUGGUCAAUCCCAAGUGAGUGAACGCAAUGCAGAUUACACAGAAAUUACAAGAAAAGUAGCAUUCCCAAUGGGACGAUCAUUGUAUUCACAUGACUUUGUUUUUUGGUGUGGUGAUUUUAACUACCGAAUUGAUCUAGAUAAAGAAGAAACACGAUUACUAGCCUCACAAAAUAAUAUCCAAAGGUUAUUAGAACAAGAUCAACUUGUACGCCAGAAAUCACAAGGAUUGGUUUUUAAAAACUGUUUUGAAGGUGACAUCACAUUCCUUCCAACUUAUAAAUAUGAUUUGUUUAGUGAUGACUUUGACACCAGUGAAAAAUGUCGAGCACCUGCCUGGACUGAUCGAGUUUUGUGGAGGAGUAAAAAAUACACUGUUGAUCCAGAAACAACAUCUGAAGCAGCUGCAGGAAAAUUACUACAUUAUGGCAGAGCUGAACUAAAACAAAGUGACCAUAGACCUGUCAUUGCUAUUUUAGAAAUAGAAGUUUUACAGGUUAGUAACACUAAGUGUAUGGAAGUUUUUUAUGAGGUUGUCAAAGAUCUGGGUCCUCCUGAUGCUUGUAUCAUUGUUCAACCAGUUGAUGAAAUUGAAGAUUCUGAAGAUUCUGUUUUUGAUGAUAAUUUAAUGUCAAUAAUAUUGCAAGAAUUAGCAACUUAUGGUGAAGUGACAUUAGUUCGUUUUGUAGAUGAGCACACUUUGAGCAUUACAUUUAGAGAUGGCCAGAAUGCUCUAGCGGCUGCUCAGAAAGGAACUAUUUCCUCUUCAACAAUUCCUUUACAUGUAUCACUCAAAUCUCCAAAUUGGGUAGAUAUAGUAAAGUCUGAAGUGAGUCUCUGUACUAAUAACACAAUACCGUUAUUUGGUGACAUACCAGCUGAGCGACCACUUAGGUCUGCGCCACCGACACCACGACGUCAACAGCCAAGCCGGCCUCCUGCUCCAUCGCCUACUCCGUUGGUGCCUUCUCGAGCGCCAGCACCAAGUCCAGCAAGACCACCCCGCCCAGCCCCUAUUACGCCUGAAUCAGUUGUGUCUCAGGCGUCUGUAAGCUCUCCACCAGCAGAGAUGAUGCCGCCUCCAUCAUGUGCGCCGCCACCUCCACCACCGAGCAACACCCCUCCGCUUCCAGGCCCCCCACCGCCUGUGCCCGCGAGACAGGGAGCUCCUCCACCUCUCCCGGCUCGUCCACGACCAGUUACAUAG